AUGGCUGAACCAGAUAAGUUGACCAAUAGGAUUGUGUCACGUGAAGACAGGAAAAGACGUCUUGUCAGGAGACUGGUUGGAACGUCCAAAACAAAGCUUUACGUUUGGUCGCUUGGCCAUACAUUAUGUGUGAUUUUUGGGUCGAUUACUAUGGUGUUCCAGGUCUUGUGGCUUCCUAACAUCUUCUAUAUCAACUCGAUCUGUUAUAGAUUGUGUCUUCUUGGCGCCACCACGGCCUACUUGGCUACUUUGUCACAUAAGUUUGGUUUGCAUCACUUGCCUCCAUUCACGACGCUUUUGGCCCAACAUAACUUCCAGUACUUGAUCUUAUCGGUCAUUUGGUGCUUCACGUUCAAGUCGGUGUUUAAGAUUGUGCCGCUUUACUUGAUUUCCUUGUUGCAAUUGGCUGACCAUAAGAAAAUUGCGUUUGUUCAAAAACAUGGUGAUGUUUUGGGCGCCAUAAUUGGCUUCACGGAAAUCAGCUUCAUUUUUUACCUCCUCAUCCGUACGCUUACAUUCAGAUCGACUUCUGGCUACCAAUUGGCCAUUUUCUUGAUUUUCAUCUGGUUGAGAAUCUUGUUUGACUCCCUGACAAGCCACAUGUUUGCUUACGUUGUCGAUAAGGCUGAUGUACAUGUUUCUAAGAUCAAGCAUGAGAAGGUCGCUAAGGUCUGGACCAAGGUCAAGAAUUUCUUGGAGGACAAACAGUCUGCUGGUAUUUAA